AUGGAGCGCUGUCUGGAAGAGAUCCAUUCGACGGUCGAAGACGCGCGCGAGCCCAUAUCAUACCGUACACUCAGCAUCCGCUCACAAGCGUCCUGUAGCCUCAGUGUUGAGGCUCUCACCCGCUACUCUGCCGAGAACAGCAGCGUCAAAGCGUUGCACUUAGCUGUCAAGCGAGCAGUCCACCACACGCACUUAAAGAGUGAGACGGCGGCAGCUAUGUGCGAUCCGAGGGCGCGCGUGCUGUCACUGACCGUAAGCGAUCAAGUCAAGACAAACGACGACGUGCUGUGCCAUCACAUUUACGCGGUCUACAACAAGUCAAAGGCCGUCGAAGGCGACGCAGACGAAGCAGCAGCCGUGGCGACGGUCUGUUGGGCACAAGAGCGUCAAACGCGCAAUGGCGUGCUCGAUACACUGACUAGAGACGCGCCGCUCUUAUCUGCGGCUGCCAAUGCUCUGUAUGGAAGCGACAUUCAAUGUGCAGAAGCCACGACACGGCACGAUUUCGGAGGUGACCAGGGGGAAGAGACGGUCUCAGUUUUUGACGCAAACAACGCGUCCGUAAAGCUGAACGCAAUGUCUAUCAAGCCGCUGCUGCCGCCGCCGCCGUCGUCGUUGUCAUUUUUUGACAAAAGUAGCAGCAAGACGGGAGGUACUAGCAAGAUUCGUAGUAAGUCACGGGAGGGCAAGACGCUUGAUAUGAGCAACGUGCUGACAGUCGACAGUGACAAUGAAGACGACAAGGACGGCGACGACGACGACGAAGAGAUGGAUGGCCCUGUGUUCGUCAAGAUGAAGACAAACAAGCGCAUCAUUAGUGAUGAUGAUGACGACGACGACAUGGCCGACGUUCCUUGUCCGAAACAGACGGCGAGUCCAGCCAGUACCAGGAAUCGCAACGUAAAGCGCAAGUUGAAUGCGUCUCCAACUCCGAGUAAAGAGCCGAAGCAGGUGCAAGCGAACGAAGAGCGUCGAGUACACAAGAGUAGUGAACAGCACGCGAAAUCGGACGAUGAAGCGGACGGUAACUCAGUGGAGGAGCCUGUUGUUGCCACGAAGCGGCGAGUUCUCGUCUCGAAGACUCGCAUCAACGAACAAGGCUACAUGGUAACGGAGAGUACGUACGACGAGGUGGAGCUGACGCCCAAGGAGAUUGAACAGGAGCAGCGACUAGCCAGGAAGAAAGCGGAGGAAAAAAAGAAGAAGAAGAAGGCUGAGGCUGAGGCUGACAAGGCCACGCAAGAGGCGAAGAAGCGUGGCGGUCCACCCAAACAGCGAGACCUGCGUUCUUUCUUCUCAACAAAAUGA